CCGAUACAAUCGAUACAACCAUCACAACCACCACCAUACUUACCUCACCUUUACUCUUAUCCACCUCCAUUGCCUCCACCUCCUCAUAUUGCUCCAAUACAACAGCAAUUACCAUUACCACAACACCAAUCCUCUUCUUCUUUAACACAUAAUAGUAAUAAUAAUUCUGAUGAUGUAAAUUCCAGGGAAAUGUAUGAAUAUAAAGCACCUUGGACAGUCUAUGGAUUAGAUUGGUCAAAUAAACCAGGAGAAAAGGCUUUUCAAUUGGCUUUAGGAAGCCUUAUCGAAGGUUACCCUAAUAAGCUUCAAAUCAUUACACUUGCAGAACUUGCACAUGAUGAUUCUUAUUAUCAUCGUCAAUAUUCAAAUUCUGAUUUUGUUAAAAUAGCUGAAACAGAUUAUCACUAUCCCAUCACAAAAGUAUUAUGGGAACCAUAUAAGGGUGGUUUGAAUGAUCUUUUGGCGACAACUGGCGAUUAUUUAAGAAUAUGGGAAAUCGUUGAAGAUAUGGAUGGUGGUGGCGAAAGUAAUACAAUUGGUUCAAAUCGUUAUUCUGGAUUUAAACAAAGACUUGUCGAGAGAGAAUCACUUAUAAAUGAGAGAGAAAGCUUUGGUGCACCUUUAACAUCAUUUGAUUGGAAUGAGAUUGAUCCAACACUAAUAGUUACAUCUAGUAUAGAUACGACAUGUGCUGUGUGGAAUAUUGAAACUAAACAAUUAAAAACACAUUUAAUUGCUCAUGAUGAAGAGGUUUAUGAUGUAGCAUUUGUUACUAAUUCAGUUGAUGCUUUUGUGAGCGUUGGAGCUGAUGAAAGUGUAAGAUUAUUUGAUUUAAGAUCAUUAAAAAGGUCCACAAUUAUUUAUGAAAUGCCACGUCAACCUAACAAUAACAUAUAUUCCAAUCAUAAUCAACAACAACCACAAUCACCGUUUCUUCAUUUAUGUUUUAAUAAAAUAGAAGCAAAUUAUUUGGCAACUUUUCAUAUGAAUUCUCCAAAAGUAAUAAUAUUGGAUAUCAGAAAUCCCGGUACACCAGUUACUGAAUUGGAUGGUCACCUUGGUACAGUCAAUUGUGUUAAUUGGUCUCCAAAUUCAUCUAAUAGUUUAUGUAGUGGUGGUGAUGAUUGUCAGGUUCUUAUAUGGGAUAUUAAAAAUUUAUCAUCCACAUCUGUACCUAAUCCUAUCAUCACUAAAUAUCACAAAGAUGCAACCGAAAUGAGUCAAUUGAAUUGGAGUACUAGGUGUCCUGAAUGGCUGGCGAUGGCGUUUGGAAAUACU